CUCAUUCCGGAUAGUGACGCGCUGCAGUUCCGAUAAUGGGAGACGCUCAGUCUGCGCAACGGGAGGGGAAGAAGGAUGCAGCAGCUGAGGAGGAGAGCGGAAAAGUGGAUGAGGCUCAGACAGAGCAGAAUAUUGAAGAUAAGCCUCUCAAAAACAAUGGCCAGAUCUCUGAGAUUAAUGGAAAAGCAGACAGCUCUAUAGCAGAAGUUAAUGGUCACUGUGAGGACGAAAACGCUACAGAGGCGAUCCUUUCACCAGACGAAGAUGUUUCAGAAACAGAAGAGCCACUUCAAGAAGAAGAAGAAGAAGAAGAAGAAGAAGAAGAAGAAGAAACACAAUUAGAAAAUGUCGAAAUUAAUGACAGGGAACCACCUACUGAAGCUGAUGCAAAUGAAAUGACUGAAAUGGAUGCAAAGCAGAAUGACAUCAAUGAAGGUUUUAGGAGAUUUUUCAGUAACAUUGGUUUGAAAUUGACAGUAAAGAGGGGCUCAAGUGAAAUAACAACAGAUGUGCCCGAUAAGACUAACAAGGACGAACCAAACAGACCAGAAGAUGUCGAGGAUACUGCAAAGGAGACCAAAAGUGACAAUGCUGAACAGAAUACUGAUGUGAACAUAGCACAGGAGACUUAUGAUAAUGAUUCAACAACAUGUCCUACCCUGACAGACGUUACAUCGGAGGAUGUUCUAGAAAAUGCAGAGGAGAAAACAACAGAAACCAAAGAGGAAGUUAAAUCUGACCAUGCAGAAGAAACAACCGCGCCUGCAGGAGAAGACGCACAGCAGGAUGCCGCACCUGAAGAAGAGCCACAUUCCACAUUUCCAUCUAGUCCUGAAGAAGAGGUUGUCGUAUCUCCAAUUAAAAGAUUUUUUACAACUGGAAUUUUUUCUGGACUACGGAAGAAAAAGAAACUUGCAGAAGAUGAAACAACUGAGAAAGAACUGGUAGACAUGGGGAAAAAGGAAGUCAUGGAGACAACAGAACAAACUGCACAACAACAACAACAACAGGACAAAGAGGAGAUUAGUACAGGUGUUGAAGCAGCUGCAAUUGAGGUGGAAGAAGGGAAAUCAUCUUCCAUGGAUCAAUCAACCAUUACUGUCCCUGAGCCGGAAAUUCUGAGUUCUCAAGAGAAGGACAAAGUUCAAGCAAGCCCUCUAAAAAGGCUGCUGUCAGGGUCUAGUUUAAAGAAACUCUCCAAAAAGCAAAGAAGCAGGAAGUCAAGCGAUGCAAAGCUUUCUGACUCUGGAGAACAUGUUUCAGAUCAGCUCCUGUCAUCUACUGAGUCAGCUGAGAAUCACAAAGAAGAAGGUCCUGUACAGCCCUCUGUAGAGGCAGCUGGAGAAGAGGAUGGUGCAUGGGCUUCCUUCAAAAAACUUGUGACUCCAAAAAAACGUGUGAAGAGAUCUUCUUUGAGCAAUGAUGAGACAGAAAUCCCAGGUUCAGUAGAAGAACCAAAACCAAGUGAAGGAGAGCAAAUAUCAGAUCACAGCACAGAAGAAGGAAAAAAAAGAAAGGACUCAUCUGUUUCAUGGGAAGCUGUUUUGUGUGGAUCUGGAAGGAGAAGAAGCAGAAAAACGUCAGACUCUGAUGACGAAAUGCCACAAGUUGAUCAUAAGCAAGAAAGUGGAUCUAAACAUGGAGCAGAAUCACCCCUAGAAAGUUCUAACGAGAAUGAGCAUGAAAUUAUCGCCGCUUCCAAACAAGCAGGAAGUCCUUCAGAGGGUGAUGGAGGGUCAACAUGGAAAUCACUGAAAAGACUUGUCACCCCGAAAAGGAAAGCCAAGGAUGAGGAUGAAAGCAAAGAAAAUAUACAGUCUGAUAAUGAAGUUACUCAAGAUGAGUCCUUUUCAAUAAAGAAACUCCUACCGGGACGAAAAAAGAGGAAGUCUGCUGAAAAGCAAGACCAAAUAUCUUCAGAUGAGGCUGAUAAAGAUGUACCCUCUGGUGAUGAAGACUCUGAGACACCAGCUGUGGUUCCAUUGUCUGAGUUUGAUACAGUUGAGACAGAGGUUCCCAUACAAACACAGGCAGACAUAGAAAGUCAUAUACCUGAGGAAGCAAACCAUGAACUCCAACAAGACCUCCUUGAUCACAUGGCUGAACCAGUCCUACCUUGUGACAGCAUGCAAAUUGAAGCAAAAGAACUCCAAGAUAAAGAUGACGCUUUAGAAAAACAGCCAUCUACAAUCCCUGCUACAAAUGAGGAACCUGAUGAUCUUUCAGAAUCAAUCAGUAAACAUCAACAACUCAGUGACAUUCCAGAGGAGGGCAUAAUUACAGAAACCAUGGCUACUCCAGCUUCAGUCGCUGAAGAAGCAGCUAGAGAUGACACUAUAGCAGAGGACCUGAUAGAGAUCACAUCCGAGGCCAUUACUGCACCAGAACCUGCCUCAGACAUUACCACGGCAGAUGAAACUGAAAUGAUCUCGGCUGUUUCCCAGUUAUCUUCAGAGUCUUCAAAAACAUCCGGCAACACAACACCAGUUCCAGUAGAAUAUGACAUCAUGGAAACAGACACUCUCCUGCAUCAGGCUGUUGAAACCAUUUCCAUAAGCCCAAAGGCUCUCCCAGUUUGUUCAGAUGACUUAAGCUCUGAAAGAAUAGUUGGUUCUGUCUCGCAUCAAAUACUGGAAACAUUUGUAACAGAAGAGGCAACAAUUCUGGAAAUACACAGAAGAUUUGAUGCAACUGCCUUUAAGACAGGUCUAAGUGUUGAAGAACUGGAAGCUAUUAAUGAACUUUCAGCUACACCCCAAACAGAGAGCAUAUCAGAAGUCAAUGACUCGGUUUCCACAGAGAUUGUAUCUGAAGUUCUUACUGAGGAGUUUAACACUGCUGAAAUUGCUGAAGAUGAAGUACAUGAUGUCAACCUUACACAUCCAGAAGAAAGCAUAAAAGAAUUAGAAAGGUUUGAUGAGAGCCAUCAUCUGGUGGAAUGCCUAUCUGAGGUAAAUUCUGUUGUGUCUGGGGAUUUAUUACCUGAAGGUGAAGAAACUGUCCCACAUGCUGGUUCUCUAGUUGAGGUACACCAAGCUGAAACAGAGACCCCAAAAAUGGACUCUCAAGAGGUAGAUAAAGCUGGUACAGUAGCAGAUGAAACUAAGGAUUGGGCUAUGGAGCAGGAAGUUCAAAUUGUGGCAGAAAAGGAGAUCAUGUACAAUAUCACUGAUGAAAGUCAAGUUGAGGAUAAAGAUCAACCACCAGUAGGGGGGGAGGAAUUACAAGAAUCAGUAGCUGUACAAGCUGCCACAUCAGAUUCAGAGGAGAGUAAUGUUCAGUCACUUCAAAAGGAACCAGAAAAAGAAAAUGAACUAGAAACAGAUGCUGCCAAAACUGAACAUGUUCAAGUGCCAUCAGCAUCCGAAUCUGUGCAAACCUCCACAUUAGAUUCAGAGGAGAGUAGUGUUCUAUCACCAGAGGAGGAAGUAAAAUCAGAGGACAUUCUACCAGCAGAAACUGAAGUCAGUGAAGUAAGUGUUGAGCAAGAAAAUAAAGAACUACCACUGACUGCUGUAGAAACCGAACAUGUUCAAGAACCAGAAGCAUUAGAAGCUGUUAAAGCAUCCACAUUAGAUUCAGAGGAGAGCAGUGUUCAAUCACUUGAAAAGGAGGUAAUAUCAGAGGACAUACCCGAAGCAGAAUCAGUCACAGAUGAACCCAAGCAGACAGGAGAGCAUCUUACUGAAGUCAGUGUUGAGCCAGAAAACAAAGAACUACCAUUGAAUGCUGUCAAAAAUGAACAUGUUCAAGAACCAGAAUUACUAGAAGCAACCACAAUAGAUUCAGAGGAGGGCAGUGCUCAAUCACUUGAAAAAGAGGCAAUAUCAGAGGAGGUUCCCAAAGCAGAAACCGUUACAGAUGAAUGCAAAGAGGAAACAAUACCUCCAACUGAUGUCAAUCUUCAGCCAGUGGAUACUUCCAAAACUACACAUGUUCAAGAACCAGAAGUAUUACAAGCAGCAACAUUAGAUUCAGUUACAGAUGAACCCAAACAGGAAAAUGAAGUGAUGGUUGAGCCAGAAGAAGUAAUACAACUGGAAGAUGCCAGAACUGAACUUGUUCAAGAACCAGAAGUAUUACAAACAGCAACAUUAGAUUCAGUUAUAGAUGAACCCAAACAGGAAAAUGAAGUGAGGGUUGAGCCAGAAGAAGUAAUACCACUGGAAGAUGCCAAAACUGAACUUGUUCAAGAACCAGAAGUAUUACAAGCUGUACAAACAGCCACAAUAGACUCAGAGGGGGACAGCCUUGUAUCAAUUGAAAAGGAAGUAACAUCAGAGGAUCUUCCAGCAGUGGAAACAGUUAUAGAUGAACCAAAGGAGGAAACACAAGUGAGGGUUGAGCCAGAAGAAAAGCUACCAGUGGAAGAUGCCAAAACUGAACAUGUUCAAGAUCUAGAAACAUUACCAUCUGAUGUAAAAGAUAUUGAAACUGAAACUAAAACAGAGGAAGAGGCAUUAAUGCAUAUGGAUGUAGACACUGCCAAACCAGACGUUAACAAUGUCAUUGCUUCAGUUACAGAUGAAAUUGAGAGUGAAAUUGUGACACAACUGGGUCAGACUUUAGAGAUAACAGAGGAUCAGAAAACUGAGAGUAUCCCACAAGUUGAGCAGGAAGACAGCAUCCCUGAAGUUGUAGAUGCGUUACAAACAUUAACAGCAGUUCAUGUAUCCUCUGUUAAUGAGGAAGCAGGUGAUGUUCAAGUCCUAGGAAAGACUGCAUUUCUUCAAAAAACCUCAGCACCUUGUGCAGACAAUGCUGCAGUUGCAGAUGAACCUAAACAAGAAGUGCAUCUCAGUGCAGUGGAAGUCAGUGUUGAAGGAGAAAAAGAAACUGAACUUCCAGACACUGAGACAAAGACUGCUGCAGUUGAGCAUGCUGUAUUGGCCGAAGUAGUCAUAUGUAAUCUCAAAGAUGUCUCAGUUGCAAUACCUGAUGUUUUGAUAGAGAAAACAUCAGAAAUUACUGAACCCUUGAUAGAAACAAUGGCAAGUGAACUAGAAUUCAAGAAGGAAGUUGAGGCGGCCACACCUUUAGUAAAAGAUGAUGUGACUGAGACAGCAGAGGAAGGCAGUGUGGUCAUGAUGAUGCAUGUGCCAUUAGUAACUUUUGAGGACAAUCACAGAAUUCAAGUGCAGGUGGUCGAUGUCAAUAUAAAAUCAGCUGAGACAAUUGUGGACUCAGUGCUAGAAGUUGGGAUAACAGAAGCUAAAGAAGUCAUAGAUGUUUGUCAUGAAACGGUUGAGAAGGUAGACAAUCUCUCUGCAAUGCCAGAGAUUGAAGAGGAAAUCAUAAAUGAGGAAAACAACGUGGCCAUUCAAGAAGUUAUUCAACAUGUAAAGAAGAACUUACCAGAGACAAUAUCCAAACCAGUGGUUGUAAACUUGUUAUGUCAAGAAGUUAUAGAACAGCCAGAUGCUGUGACAAAAGUAAGUGAGAUGGUUGAAAGUGAAUCAAAUGAAGUGGAGGAUCAAAAAGUGAUGGAUGAUAGUAUUGGCACGUUCAGUGAGAGACAAGAUGAAGCACCUGCUGUUAUCAGUGAUGACUCUGCAACUGGACAGCAAGUGUCAGAGGAUCUCAUGCAAACACCUGAUAUUCUAGGAAGUUUAGAUGUUUCUAUCGAUGAUCACAAAGAGGAUUUGAAGGAAACUAAAGCUGAACUCAAAAGCUCAGAAGUAGGUGUCACAGCAGAGGAGGUCAAAUCAGAGGAAUUAGAUGCAAAACAAAUUCAUGAACAAGCACAAAUUACACAAAUUGCUCAAAGUCAAAUUGUAACACCUAGUAACACUGGAUUAGUAGUCCCCCAAAACACUGGAAUAAUCUCUUCAAUAGGUAAUGUGGAGUCCCCGUCAAGUCUUUCUCUAGAAUUCAAACUUAACAUACAGUUUGGACAAGCGAAAGCACCAGCUUCCCCACCCCCUAUGAUGGAGAGAAUUGCACCAGUAAAACAGACAGACGUGUCUGAGGUCGGAGUUCAGGUAGUAGAGGCAGUAGAACCCGAAAAGGCAAUAAAUCCAACACAAAGAGCUGAGAGCCAGAAACAGCCAGAGCUAACUGAGGUUGCUGUUCAGGCAACAGAAAUUACAGAACCAGCAGCAAACUCAGAUUCAACAGAAAGAGCCAUGAUCACAAAUCAAAGUGUCCUGCUGGAUGUCGGCAUACAAGCGAUAGAAACAGUAGAACCAGUAGAACAAGUCAAAUCAACAGAGACUGUAACCUCCAGUGUCCAGGCAACAGAAAUUACAGAACCAGCUACAAACACAAAUUCAACAGAAAGAGUCGUGAUCACAAAUCAACCUGUCCUGCUGGAUGUCGGCAUACACGCAAUGGAGACAGUAGAACCAGUAGAACAAAUCAAAUCAACAGAGACUGUAACCUCCAGUGUCCAUGCGACAAAAACAAUACAACCAGUAAGGCCAACAGAGAAAAGAGAAGUCUUCCUGAGCCAGCCAGUAGUCUCUGAAGCUUGUCAAGCAAGCCAAGAAACAAAAGCAGAAGAGCCUGUUAAACAAACAGAGGAAAAUGACCAGGAUGUGUGGAUGGAUGCUGAGGAGGUCAUUUACACUCAGGAGGAAACAGAGUUGUCCUUUCAUGAGGUGGAUGAACCUCCAGAACCCCAGACAGAAAUUGAGCAAGAGGAAAAGGCAGGACUCGGACAUGAGGUUGAAAUGGCUCCUAAUUUCAAGACUGAGGAAGAAGAAAGUCAACAGGAAAUGCACAAAACAGGAACUUGUGAAGUUGAGAGUGAGGGUGAAGAUUUCGCUGUUGCACUUGAGCAUCUUGAAAUUGCAACUGCGAGCGCCACUACGAUGGAGUUGGAUUAAUUUAACUCAACUAUAGCGUUACUUAUCGGUUGGACAAUCAAAAACGAAGUCACUCAAGUUUGUAAGAAGUUUUCAAAAAAGCUGUUAGUGGGUGUGAUUAAUGAGAGACAUCUGGCAAGAGGAGCAUCAACUGGAAAAGUGCUAAUCUUCUCAGGGGAAUGCAGCGUGAUUCUUCUGUUUGACAGUGAACUACAUCCAUUAUGCAAUGGCAAUUUAGAUAAAUGUAAUAUGCUAUAGUGAAACCUUUAAUACUAAUCAUGUCAGGUCUUCUCAAUCAUAAAUUAUGUUUUUUUGCAAAGACCUAUCUCACUAGGUUUUAAUAAAAUGUAUAUGUCUAAGAGAAUAAGGCAACAUUUUUGUUAACGGUUAUGUGCUUCAAAUACAUUUGUGUGCAACAUUUAUUCUUAAUGUAUGCAUCCCAGAUGAGGACAAAUGUUAAUUUCUCCUGACACACAAGGAUGCUAUUAAUAUAUCAUAAUAUGUAGAUAUUCCACAGCCUUCACUAUGUAUCUUCUGUGUUCCUAAAUUGUUUUGUCAUGAAGAAUUUGUUUAAUCAUUUCACUUAAAUACAUGUUCCCAGAUGACAACAAUAGACCUGAGCAUACUAGUACUAUUGCAUAUUAUCGUGUACAUAAUGACUAUUUUAAUGCUUAUACAGGCAGACAUGCGCUCAUUUUGAACAAUAAAACAAUAAUUUUUACUCUGACAAGUUCAAAAUAAGAGCAUGACGAUAGCAUGGCGCAUCGUUUUUAAAAAAGUAAUAAUUAUUUACACAAUAUUUUUUAUUUUAAGUUAAAUUUAUCUUCACAUACGUAUUUAUCAUUAAUAUAAUUAUAAUCAGCAGAGCCUUAAACUUCAACAAUUGUGGCAGCUUUACUUGUCCUGUUUUAUUUCCCAGCUGUUUGUGUGUAAGCCUCAAUGAGCUCACACCAUCAAUGAUACCAUAGACUCAGUAAUAAAGUGUGUGGUAAGGGUGAGAGAAGAAAUAAGGUAAUGACAGUUUGUUGUGUAAGCUGUUUGUCUUCUUUAAAUUGUUUUCACUUAUACUGACUUUAUGAAAUAUCCUUCCCAAUCUGUGUACAUGUUCACUAAUGACAAAAUGCAAAACAUAAACCUGAGUUACCUGUGUUUAUAUAUUUACAUAUAUAUAUUUACCAGUGUUUUAUUAAUAAAAUAUUAUUUUAUUUGAAUAAAUUCAUACAUGUA